UACUGUAAAAAGGUGGCACCUUCUUCUGUAACACUUAGUGGUUUCUGAGCUAGAGAGAUGCCAGUGAAUCUGAUAUUUGAUACCCUCAAAGCUGUACUGUUGCUGAUAUCAAGAGCGAGAGGUGAGAAGGGGCAACUACCUGACUGACCUCUGAUGUCUGGACAGAAGAAACCUCUCAGCUGACAUUUAAGGAACAGUAAGAGGGAAAGUGGAGGUCAAGAGGCAGCUGUCAGUCGUCUCCCACCUGAUGCCUGGUUCUCCACUGCUAUAAUCACUCCAGGAGGACGUCAUGUUUCCAGACAUGGGUGGUUUCCAGGUGCUACCAGGACAAGGAGGAAGAACUGAGUGACCACCACAGGGAGAGACCUAUGCUGGGUUUUCCAGACUAAUUUAGCUGUUGCUUGAAGGUAUUUUCUCUUUUAUUGGCUCUGAGUUCAGUACUCGGGUGUGAGCUCCACACACUGUCGGACAGGAGAGCGUGCAACCCCAGCCCACCCCCUCCUGCAUACAAGGGCAGUAGCGAAGUCACUAGAAGGAUUUAUUCGGUGGAAAGGACUAGCACGAGUGCCUUUUGAAGUAACUAAUCCCUGUAACCACGGAAAUUUUUGCACAGGCUCCUUGGAGACCGCAGGCAGACCACUAAGUAAACACUCUGGGGGUGAGCUGCUGAAACUCCGCUCCCCUCCCCACGGAUGAGGCCAGGCCUCCGCCGUGGGGAGGGCCCAGUGCCGCGCAGGGGUGGGGUGGCCGUGGGGCCUCCUGCCAGGCCCUGGGCUGGGCCCGGCCGCCUUGGUGGAGGGCCGGGGACACCCUCCUUGGAAACCAAGCUCCAUUACCAAACAUUAUUAACCUUGGCAGAGCCUGGUUCAGCUGUGGGACGGAGCUCGCCCGUGGGCCGGCCGCGGCGGGUUGAUGCGGGGAGAAGGUGGAGGCGUUGAUCGCUCAGCAGGUCAUGUCAGUUCAUCCAGAUCUUCACCGGCACUAUGUGCGGGCUUGCAAAAACUUGGGCCAACCUGAAAACCCUUUCAUUUCUCAUGUGCUUCAAGAAGUUGAUAAAAAUGAUAAAAUCAAAUGGACAAAAGGGAUCACUUUAAAAAUAGCUGGAAAUAAUCAUCUAGUGCCUGUGCAGAGAGUUACAGGUGAUGAUCUUCAAGUUCUUGCCUCUGUCUUACUCAAUACUGCAUUUGUCACAGGUUUGGAUCUUAGGUGCAAUACAUUGACUGAUACUGGAGCAAAGCACAUGGCAACAUUCCUCCAGGAAUACUCUGCUCUGCGGUACCUUAACCUGAUGUUUAAUGAUAUUGGCACAAGUGGAGCAGAACAGAUAGCAGGAGCACUCCAUAGGAAUGAAACUCUUGUGUAUUUGAGAAUGACUGGAAACAAAAUAGGAAACAAAGGUGGAAUGUUCUUUGCUUCAAUGCUACAAAUUAAUUCGACCUUAGAGAAGCUGGAUCUUGGAGACUGUGAUAUCGGUAUGCAGUGUCUAAUAGCAAUAGCAACAGCCCUGACUCGGAACAGAUCAGUCAAAGCAAUAAACCUAAAUCGUCCUUUACUGUACAGCCAAGAGGAAGAGGCCACGGUUCAUGUAGCUCUGAUGUUGAAAAGUAACUCUUCUCUUGUGGAACUACACUUGUGCAAGCAUGAAAUGAAAAACUUUGGUGUAGAGCGACUGUGUGAGGCACUGUAUGAAAACUCCAGCCUGAAAUACCUUGAUCUUAGCUGUAAUAAAAUAACCCAUGACGGUGUAAAGUUUUUGGGAGAGCUACUAAAACAGAACCAAACCCUGGAAAUCCUAGAUCUUAAUGCAAACCGAAUAGAAGAUGACGGAGCCAUCUACCUGAGUGAAGCCUUGGCUUUGUACAACAGGACUCUGCAGGCGUUGUCAGUAGUAAGCAACAAUAUAAGUGGCAAAGGACUUACAGCUCUUUCAGAGUCAAUGAAAACAAACGUGGAACUUUCCUACAUUUACAUCUGGGGGAACAAAAUUGAUGAAGCCACCUGUGUGCACAAGGUAUUCUUGGCAGUACUGGAGAGUAAAACAGUCACUGACCAGAGGCACGCGAAGAGUUUGGACUGCAGCGGUGCAGAUGCACAGCUUGAACUCCUAGCAGCUGAACUACUCCAAUUUAUUUAGGAGACCUCCUCAGAUCAGGAUUUUUACCCAGCGCUUCUUGUUCAAAAAAGAUGCAGGGGCCGAAUCAGAGCAUCCGCAGAGCCGUGGAUGGAGCAUCACGACCACAGGGUCCUCUUCCACAGGGCUGCCGCGGAGGCAGAGCUGCCGCCGCCCUUCCUGGGCUGUGGUCUCUGCAGCCAGGUUUCCACGUCGCAGGGAGCCUGCAGGUAACGUUACUGCGUCGCUGCAGGCUGGAGUACAGCCAGGCAGAGUGACCUGGCAAAAACUCGCACCCAGAACCGCUGCUGGGCAGCGGCUUUGCUUGACAGCAAAUCCGAUACGCUGGCGACCCAGAUUCCUGCGGAAGCCAAGAGGUUUAAUCCAUCUGUUGCUACUGCGCCCUACAUAUUCUCCCCUUUUACUUUGUAAUUGCAUGCUUUUGAUCUUUUUCCAAGAGUGGCUUUUUUUCUAAACCUAGUUAAAUGAACUUAAGCGCUAAGCUACUACAAUGCUGGAACUUUAAAGCUAGUGAACCUAGUUUACUGGGAUAUAAAUGGUAUUUUGAUUAACUUGCAGCGUAUACUUGUUUCUUGUACUACAAAUGAAAAACACCACCAAACUUGGCGUCGUUAUUUCCUCCUGUCUCUUGAAAACUGUUUAAAAAGAUUUCUAUCAUUAUAGUCAUGUGGCAACUCCUACAUAUGAAUAAGACAACAUAAGCAUAUAAUGGUAGUUAAACAUUGUUUAAUGGUUUCAAUACAGAAUUCGUAGAAGUUUGGGAAUCACUCAGCUUGUUUCCUUUUUCCACCCGCUCUGCUCAUACCUGUAGAAUUGACUAGAUCUAUGCUCCUAAACAGAAAAAGUCACCAAAUAGCACAGCAGAGUUAUGUACAAAGGCUUUUGCCAGUGCAGUCUUCUGCAUGUCUAACUGUGCCCGUUAAAAAUUAAUCUAAAGUAACAGCAUAAUCCAUGAAUGUAGGUGUGUGCAGGCAAAAGACUGACAAGAUCAAAGCAUGAGGGGAAAAAGAAAAUAAUUUCAGCAAUAAUACCCUAUAAGCAAUAAUGUAACUGCUGCUGUUGUGACUCUGUAUUAUUCACAGUGGUAGUGUAGAAAGAGGGAGGUGUAUGGGUACCACUUAUCAAGCUGAAAUGACCACGGUGGUCCUGAGAGUUGUUGCAUGUGGAGGUUUUCUGGUGUUUGAUGGGGUUUUUUCCAUUCCCCCCACCCUCGUACACAAAUUAGUCAGGUUCUGUUGCUCCAAAAAGCACUUACCAUUGUAAGAGCACUUAGAGGUAAGCCCACAGAGCAGGUAUGUUUGUUCUACACCUUAACCUGUAGUCAUCUUGUUAAGUACAGAGUCCGUAUGUCUGUGAAAACCCUAUACUAGAGAGGAGCUUAUAUUUUAACUUGUUAAACAGGAAGAACAGAGCAAUGACAACAGAAGUUGAGGAUACACUCGAUGUGAUAGUUUGAGAAGAAUCUACGUACUGUGAAAAUUCCUGAGUUUCGAAAUAAUUAGGUAAGCCUGUAUUGUAAGAAUUGGUAUUUUUCUCAGUGCCGCUGCUCUGGAGCAUUGCAGGUUAUACUCUGAUGGUCUAAAGAGUGCACUCUCAGUACUGAGACCCUGAUGAUAGAAUUUCUUGCCAAAAAGACCAUUACAAGAUUCAGACAGAGGUAUAUUUUUUCCAUAUAUCUUUCUUUCCCUUGUCCUGUAUACGAAGUUCAGGCUAAUUUCAUUGCCCAAAUUAGGUCUUAAUUUACUUAUAAGAAUGACAUUUAUUAAUCUACUGUGGUAACAGAGAACCAAAUCUACCCUGUUGGUCCCAACUCUACCAACAGCAGUUAUUUUAAUAGAUAUGGUAAGCUGGCAAUGACAUCAUACACAAAAUAUAACAGGAUAAAUGGCAUCUACUUUCAAAAGUGCUAGUGUGUGUUUCUGAAAUAUUUGUACUCUGUCUGAACAGGCUGGCCCGUAAGACCACGCUGCAUUAUUGACAAUAUCCAUAAAACUGGCUCAUGUGUUAAGAGUUUGAUAUUCCUUUGUAAGAAAGAGCUGCAGCGUAAUUCCUACUGAAUUUUGUAUAAACAGCUUCCUGCAAGCUAAAAUAAUUAUUUGUGCAAAAACCUGUAUUGCUUAGAAAGGCCUAUGCCAGAGACAUUUAUUGCUUUCCUUUCUCUGAAAACCAAACCUUGACGUUCUUAAAAGAUGUAUUCUGUGUUCUUUGGAAUGAGAGAAUUUACAUAGGCUAGAAAUUUUUGCCGUGUGCUUCCAAGUUACUCUAGUAGCUAAAGCAAGCCUAAUCCUGCUCUGUAAACCACUGUUUCAGCUUCCAGAACUCACAGUAUGUUGCUGAAAGGCAGCAUUUUUGCCCCAAUUUAAAGGAAAACGACUGAUCCAGGAGGCCAGUGGUACAACGCAAGUCCCUUAAGUCCUACUGUGUAGUCCAGCCACCAUAUCACCAUCUGUAAAAUUAAACAAUCUAGUAAAAAUAAGUUAAGAUACUCAGUUAAUUUCUUGAUCAGAAUUUGUAUCUACUUUAGCAUAAAAAGUACAUCUUCAAAGCACUUUCUAAAAAUCCAGCAAAACCCCAAAACAAACAACUCCUCCCACCCCCUCACCCCAAACAUCUCAAAACAAGUGGCAAAAAAAAUAACCUGAGUCAUUACACUAGGUUGUAUUUAGAAUAAGGUUUUUGUUUAAUCUAGGUUGAACAGACCCAAAAUAUCUUCUAUGAGAAAAAUCAGGUGUGUUUACUGUCAAGAAGAAAAUGUAGCAGUCCUUGCUGUGUUAGGAAGCUGUGCUGAGGGCGACCGGGCGUCCUUCUGCCAGGGUGUUUGAUGGUGGUUAUGUUAGACUGCUUCCCUCCUCCUUUUGUUGCUACCCCUUGCAGUUAUAAACAGAAGACACAAGGUGAGGGAAAAUUACAAAGCAAGUUUAUUAAAGUCUAACAUAAAACACUUCAGGCUAAAUAUGUACAAUUCCCUCCCUUCCCAGGGGAUUAUAAAAUUGAGUUGAGGUAUAUACAAAUAACAGAGGAAAAACUGUAUAUACAUGAAGGAUACUUUAAAAAUAAUUUAACCAAAAAAUCAGUUAUUAGUCCUUAUCUGAACUUAAUUCUGCAAGGCUUACUGAUAGCCUCUCCAAGAUCACAGCCCUGAAAUCUUUAACAUGGGACUUGUCCAUACUUCAAAAUUUUUUUGAAACACGUGAAUUCAGGAAAGUUGUCAUACUUUCUGCCCAAAGAGGCACAAAUUUGGAAGUAACUGUCAUAUAAGGAGCUAGUCUCACAUAAAUAUUUCCAAACAGUCAAUUCAGAGAUUUCUAGAUGCAGAUAACCUAUUCAGGCAGAACUUGCACGAACUUCAGUGCAAAACUGACUGAAAUGGUACUGAAACAACGGUAUGGCAGAUCAUGUCAUUUUCUCUAAAUUACUGUUAAUGGAAUUAUUAAAAAUCCCUGUUUCCUUUUGCAGGUAGAUCUCAAGAACAUGUCUGCCUAAAAAGAUUCCAUGCUUUCCCAUAUUAAUCCCUUACAGAAAUUUGCAGUUCUGUUAUAAACCUUGUACCUCCAAAAUGAACUCAGAACCCUUAAGCCUAGGAAUUAGAGGUGCAGCUGCUUUCCAUGCAUCUACUGGCAAAAGGUGCAGUACAGACCUGCUUCUUCAGGUCCUACAGCACCCAGCCUGAACACACCUACUGAUAUCUUUAUAUAUAUAUAUAUAUAUAUAUAUUUAAAAUCUAUAUUCUAAUAAAUGAAUACAGUUCAUAGAGCUCAUACCUCAGCAGCUGAGAUAUCUUCAUGAAAGAUGAGGAUAAAAAUCAAGACUCUCAGAUGGGGACUCAAGAGUGCAGGUCACUAAAUUAUUGCUCCAAGACAAAACUACGAGCCUGUGUAUUCUAUUAAGAAAGGUUAAAAUUGUUGUCUUGUAAAAAAUAAUGAUUAUCUUCUUGUCUAUAAAGAAAACUAAAUGACUAAUAAAGCAAGUGUCACUGUUAUAAGUAUCUAAACAAAUCCUGUAUAAAUCUAAGCACUGUAUUUUUUAAAAAAGUCUGAAAUCUAAGAAUACAGUAAUAAGCUAUAAUUUUAGAAAUAUAAAAACAGUCCAAACAAACAUUGUUAUGGAAUGCAUUUUCUAUGUAGGAAUGUGAUUUUAAUUUUAUUUUCUUUUUUUUUCUUUUUUUUUUUUUUUCCAGAGCUAGUUUUCUCUUGUGGUCAUUUAUUCUGGAUAUGUUAAUCUUCAGAUACUUUUCCUCAGAUAACAGCAGCACAUCAUUGUUUUAUCUUCCAAAGCUGUUUAAAUACGAAAUUUGUCAGUUGUAUGAUAUUGUUCUUUUUUCAUAUUCAUGACCAAACCUAUGUCUAUCCCAAGACUUCUGCUCUAUUUUCUGAGAGAGAAAGUAAAGAGGAACCUAAAGAGGAACCUUAGGACAAGCUACACAAAGUUUGUUUUUUUAACAGAGUCAAGAUCUCAAUCUUUAUGGUUCUUCAGUCAAACAGCAAGGCUAAGGAAUCCUUCAUCCUACAUCAAUAACAGAAGCUAAAGAAGAAAAGGGAGGAGGGAAAGAGGAAUGCCAAACAAACAGAAAACAACCCAACAUCAGAGAACUUAAACCAAUUGUCCUUUUCCAGCAUUAUGAAGGACAUCAGCUGUUCAUAAAUGUUGUAGUUAUAGAUAAGUGAAAAAAAAUAAGAGUCAGGCAGGUACGGCAAUAACUAGCUCCAGUGGAUGGAGUUAGAGAUGCCUGCACUAAGAAUGUUCCUGGUGAACAUGGCUGUACUCCUUGCUGUCCAUGGUAGAAUUUAUCAGCAAAUCUGCCAUAUAUUAAAGCAUACAAUAUGAUCAAGAAUAAGAUGAUUAACACAGAGAAGCAAAAGGUCUAUUAGUUUACAAGUACAAACAUGUUGGAAGAGGGAAAAAAUAAAAUAAUCAAUCUAUAGUUAUGCUCAGGAGUCAAGGGAGCAUUUGCAGAAUAUUUAAAUGAAAUCUUCCAAGAAUUUUUUCACAAGUCUGUUUAAUUAAGGUGCAGAUUAAUUAUUACUCCAUGUAGAACAGAGUCAGUUCAGAGGUAUCUCCUAUGCUCUUCCAUUUAUCAGUGUCUGGACACAAGGCAUCAGUGGAAAUAAAAUGCUAGCACCAAGUAAAUAACCAACAAAUAAUAUCUUUAAAUGCAUUGUUGGUACAGUAUUGUGUCUGUUUCCUUACUAUUUGACAAUUACUUAAAUAAUACUUACAUUAUGUUAAUACACAAACUGGCAAAUGCACUAUAAAAGUACUCCUAUUGUCAUCUAGUCUUUAAUUAAUGACCCUUCCCAGAUACUAAAAAUGUUCCUUUUUAAAAAUGUACAUUGCUAGUAAUAAAACCUAUCUUUACAUGGGUCUUGCUUGAUACCCAGUUUUGUGCAGUUACUGUGGACAAGUGAUGUGAGAGGUAAAGCAAUACCUAAUUACUUCAAUUAAAACAAAUCAGUCGUACUUUAUCUAAACCUUGCCUGGAAGAAUAUCAAUCUGCUCUGCUGUAUUCUUCCUUAAUGCCUCCUCAUGCAGCGUUCACUUAUUUUCACAGUGAAGGGCAGGAUUUAUUUCCUUUUUUGUACCUACUGACUAGCACAAGAAGAAGCACUACUGUAAAAAAAGGAUUAUGAAGCUGUGAUUCAUGCCUCACAAUUAAGUCAAUGCAUCUUUUCAUCUCAUCUACAACACACGUGUUCCACCUCUCCUUUUGAGCAAAUGUUGCUGUUUGUGCCAAAACCAGGGCAUUUUAGAGAUGUGAAGAAUAAAUCUGGGGUGAGAUACAACAAUGCUGGAUUCACUUUGGAAAAAAAACAAAAACAAAAA